AUGGAGCCUGAAACUUUACUUGUAAAGCAAGAAGACAUGGAAAAAAGCGACAGUCCUGUCGAAACAAGCAUAAAUGAAGAAAAUAUAGCCGAGAAACUAAAUGAAAAUAAUGUUGAAAUUGAUGUCAUGUCCAUUGUAGCAAGCCAGCCAGCCGUUGUCGUUCCUGUACCGUUUGUCCCCGACUUAACUUUGUUUAGUUAUGAAGUUCAACAAGGCUAUAGGAUAGUUCGUGAACUAUUAUCAGACCAGUAUAAAUCUAUAAUAUAUCCAUUUCUACAGCCAGUCGAUGUGGAAGGCUUAAAUUUGUGGGAUUACCAUGCGAGGAUUGAAACACCAAUGAGUUUCAGCCAAAGUAAGUGAAAGUUGUUCUUUUGUUUCAAUUACGUAUUAUAUAUGUUGAAAAAUACGUUGUUUUCUUCCUAAAAUGCUGUUUUAAAUAUAAUUAUAUAUGUAAAAGUAUCCAUUAGACCAAUUUUUAUUUAUCUCAUUCAUUCACAUUGUGCUUUUAUUUUAUUUCUACUUGUUCAUUCAUUUACAUUCUGUUUAUUUUGUAGCCAUCGUUUGCAACAUUUGACUUUAGGAAAUUGUUUUCAGAACAAGCAAUGAAUUCGCAUGAUUUCAGAAUUACACGUUCAAACUAUACAAGAAAAAUAUAACGAGAACCUAUAUUUUUCGUCUGGUAGUUUGACGCUGCAAAUCCCUCAAUUUGUCUAAACUUAUUUUUAUCUUGUGACCAUCUGUAUUUUGCAAAAUAAACUGUAAAUAUACCGCUCGUGCAGCGAAUAUUUUUGUAGUUUGUGACAGUUACCUGUGUUAAAACUACACAUUUGAGAAUGGUUGCAUAAAUACAUGGAUUUUUUUUUCAUUUUCUAAUUUAAUUAAUUAUAAAUUUUAUUACUAAAGUAUUUUUAUCGAGGUCAGCCAUUACUGACCAUGAAUUUUAGUAUAUAUUUAUGAGAGCAUAGCAGCCGACAAACAGGUCAUUAGUGGGCAGUGGCUACACGGCGAUCGCAAAUUUUGAGACCUAUUAUUCAUCGCUUGAUAUUUUCUUUCAGUUGAAGGUAAAUUCAACAGUUAUGUGUACGAAAGCAUCACAGCAGUUAUCUCAGACGUGAGGUUGAUUUUGGAGAAUUGCUAUCGUUACAACGGAUCUGCACACUGGAUAUCGAAACUCGCUCAUAAACUGGAAAAAAUUCUUGAUCAAAAGUUGGCAUUGUUAAAUAGGUUGGUAUUAACCCAUUCAGCUGCGAAGCUUCCCCGUUGACGAGUAAAAUUGUCUGACAUUAGACAAGUAACAAAAAUAAGCAAGGCGCACUGGAGCGCAUUGCGGCUCAAUGGGUUAACUAGAGACAUCAGAUUUUUUGGUUAAUUAAUUUAACCCGCUGACGAGAGUGAAACAUCCCCGUUGACGAGUAAAAUUGUCUGGCGCUAGACAAGUAAAAAAAAAGUAGGGUACACUGGGGUGCAUUGUGACGCAAUGGGUUAACUGUGGAUUGAGAGGGAUUGCUGCCUGAAAAAUACAACGUAAAAGUUCAAGCAAAGUCCCUCAGCUUAAGGCCUAAAAAAAUAUGUUUUAUUUUUUUUUGCCAACCCAAUUAUUUUUUUCAAUGCGAUUGACUGUACGUCCCUAUUUGUCCAGGUGGUUGCGGGCUGCUCAUACAGCGUGCCAAAAUGGCGUCUGUUGUCACAAUAAUUAUUGAACCAAAUUGCCUAAAUUUGUCCACAGGAAAUAUGCAUCUCUAGUAAUAUUGAUGUCGGGACUUUACUGAAAAUCGCCCAGCAAAAAACCUGCCAAAACCAUGAAAGAAAAAUACUCAAAAAAAAUUUAUUUCCAACUUACCUACCCUAAUUUUUUCACAAUAUGAAACCGGGGCCACAUGUAUUUUUUUAGGCCUAAUUUUAAUGUGUCUAUUUUAUGUUGUUUGUAGAUCACUGAGAGAAAAGGUGACUCUACAUGCAACCAUGGCAUUUAGAAAUAAGAACGAAAUUGUUGCUGAUAUAGAGGAGCCAGGUAAUCAAUCAACUGUCACAAUCCAACUUGUAUUAAAAAUUCUAGUGAUUGUCCGAUUAUUCAUGCCACAAUCUGCCAGAUGCCGAUACUGAUUUAAAAAUGACAUCAUAAUAUCAGUCGACCAAGUAAAGGUGACGUCAUUCAUGUCAAUUAUUAGUGAUAAUUUCCAACGUAACAUGUUACUGCAACCAAAGAUUGUUAAAACCGUUAAUAAAUGGCACGCUUUAAUACAUAUUGCGUUAAAACGCAAUGUGUAUCAAUGUGCAAUGCAUAUAAUUUUUAAAGUGCACAUUUUCUCAACAAUCAGUUUUAGACAAUCGGAAAUAUAGAUAAUUCUACUGAUUCCGAUUGUCUACCGAUAAGGCAAAAAUUGGCCCUAUGCCAAUAGACCCAUUGCAUAUGACGUCACAGCGUCGGUGAUGAUGCAUCUGGAGGACAAAUUAGCAAUCUAUGCAUAAUAUAACUUUUGUAAACAAAGCAAAUUUUGUAAAAGUUUAUUAUAAUUUUGUAUUAAAAUGGUUCAUUUUUGCGCUGUAUGUGGUUGUUGUACCAGAACAGAUAUUGUUAGGGAGCAUCUGGAGGACACUCUAAGGAUUUGUGACGUCAGUGCAAAGGGUCUAAUAGUAUGCUGAUUAUUGGUCAAUCACUAUCAAAUUCACCUUUAUGUUAAUCACAGCGAAAGGUUGCACUUAGUUCCCUUGAGGUAAUAAUUUCUGGUUUUGCUUCAUUAGCAUCAGGUGGCCGUCCUCGGAGGUCGGGUCGUACAAGCUACGUUGUGAAUGGAAUGAAUGCUGAGAAACGUUCAAGUUUAAUGAAUCAUCUUUUGCUGGAAGAGGAAGAGAACCAGCGAGAGAUGAAACGAAUGAAGGAGAAGGAAAAGAAAGAAGCGAACGAGGCGUUGAUGCAGGAAUUGAGCGAAUGGGAGGAUGAAAUAUUCACAAAGAACGUGUUGAAGGAAUUGAGGUCUAUGUGGGAGGUAGGAAUUCAGACAAAAGUUGUUCCUUGUUGGUCCAGUGUUACUACAGGAGGAAACCUAAACUAAACUAGCUUUAUUUAUACUGGAUAACUCUAUCAGUUCUAAAAUUUUUCUCCCUAGAGAUCCAGUAAGAAUCAUCUCUUAUUGAUCCAGUGUUACUACAGGAGGAAACCUAAACUAAACUAACUUUAUUUAUACUGGAUAGUUCUAUCAGUUCUAAACUGUUCUCCCUAGAGGUCCAGUAAGGAUCAUCUCUUAUAGAUCCAAUGUUACUACAGGAGGAAACCUAAACUAAACUAACUUUAUUUAUACUGGAUACCUCUAUCAGUUCUAAACUGUUCUCCCUAGAGAUCCAGUCAGGAUCAUCUCUUAUUGAUCCAGUGUUACUACAGGAGGAAACCUAAACUAAACUAACUUUAUUUAUACUGGAUAGCUCUAUCAGUUCUGAACUGUUCUUCCUAGAAGUCCAGUAAGAAUCAUCUCUUAUUGAUCCAGUGUUACUACAGGAGGAAACCUAAACUAAACUAACUUUAUUUAUACUGGAUAUCUCUAUCAGUUCUAAACUGUUCUUCCUAGAGGCCCAGUAAGGAUCAUCUCUUAUUGAUCCAGUGUUACUACAGGAGGAAACCUAAACUAAACUAACUUUAUAUAUGCUGGAUAGCUCUGUCAGUUCUAAACUGUUCUCCCUAGAGGUCCAGUAAGGAUCAUCUCUUAUUGAUCCAGUGUUACUACAGGAGGAAACCUAAACUAAACUAACUUUAUUUAUACUGGACAGCUCUAUCAGUUCUAAACUGUUCUCCCUAGAAGUCCAGUAAGAAUCAUCUCUUAUUGAUCCAGUGUUACUACAGGAGGAAACCUAAACUACAGUAACUUUAUUUAUACUGGAUAGCUCUAUCAGUUCUAAACUGUUCUCCCUAGAGAUCCAGUCAGGAUCAUCUCUUAUUGAUCCAGUGUUACUACAGGAGGAAACCUAAACUAAACUAACUUUAUUUAUACUGGAUAGCUCUAUCAGUUCUUAACUGUUCUUCCUAGAGGUCCAGUAAGGAUCAUCUCUUAUUGAUCCAGUGUUGCUACAGAGGAAACCUAAACUAAACUAACUUUAUUUAUACUGGAUAACUCUAUCAGUUCUAAACUGUUCUUCCUAGAGGUCCAGUAAGGAUCAUCUCUUAUUGAUCCAGUGUUACUACAAGAGAAAACCUAAACUAAACUAACUUUAUUUAUACUGGAUAGCUCUAUCAGUUCUAAACUAUUUUUCCUAGAUGUCCAGUAAGGAUUAUCUCUUAUUGAUCCAGUGUUACUACAGGAGGAAACCUAAACUAAACUAACUUUAUUUAUACUGGAUAGCUCUAUCAGUUCUUAACUGUUCUCCCUAGAGGUCCAGUAAGGAUCAUCUCUUAUUGAUCCAGUGUUACUACAGAGGAAACCUAAACUAAACUAACUUUAUUUAUACUGGAUAACUCUAUCAGUUCUAAACUGUUCUUCCUAGAGGUCCAGUAAGGAUCAUCUCUUAUUGAUCCAGUGUUACUACAGGAGGAAACCUAAACUAACCUAACUUUAUUUAUACUGGAUAGCUCUAUCAGUUUUAAACUGUUCUUCCUAGAGGUCCAGUAAGGAUCAUCUCUUAUUGAUCCAGUGUUACUACAGGAGGAAACAUAAACUAAACUAACUUUAUUUAUACUGGAUAGCUCUAUCAGUUCUAAACUGUUCUUCCUAGAGGUCCAGUAAGGAUCAUCUCUUAUUGAUCUAGUGUUACUACAGGAGGAAACCUAAACUAAACUAACUUUAUUUAUACUGGAUAGCUCUAUCAGUUCUAAACUGUUCUUCCUAAAGGUCCAGUAAGGAUCAUCUCUUAUUGAUCCAGUGUUACUACAGGAGGAAACCUAAACUAAACUAACUUUAUUUAUACUGGAUAGCUCUAUCAGUUUUAAACUGUUCUUCCUAGAGGUCCAGUAAAGAUCAUCUCUUAUUGAUCCAGUGUUGCCACAGGAGGAAACCUAAACUAAACUAACUUUAUUUAUACUGGAUAGCUCUAUCAGUUCUAAACUGUUCUUCCUAGAGGUCCAGUAAAGAUCAUCUCUUAUUGAUCCAGUGUUGCCACAGGAGGAAACGUGAACUAAACUAACAUUAUUCAUACUGGAUAACUCUAUCAAUUCUAAACUGUUCUUCCUAGAGGUGCGGUCAAGGGUCACCACCCCCCAUUGAUUCAGUGUUUAAAGAUCCUAGCACUUUCCUAACAUGAACGUCGGUUGUUUUGUAGGUAAGAAUAAUCAUGUGUAUGAUUACGCCAAAGGAAACUUAGAAAGUAAUUAUACCAGUUUGGACAUGAGCAAAGUUGAAAGUAAACCAACCUAUGAAUCACUCGUUAAUGUGCAGAGCAAUAUGGUAAAGUUUUCAAUAUUUUUAUUCAAUUUGAAUUUUGUCCAAAAUCUCCAAUAGGUCUCGGCAACAAGGUGGAAAUUUUUUUGGAAUUAAUUGUUUUUUAAUUUUGUAGUAUGAGCAGAUUCCAGUCAAUUGUAACACUCCUGGUGCGUCUGGCGUGAGUGGACAAACACCAAUAGCAGGUACGUUGGAGGAGGAAGGAAGGGAGGAGGAAUGGGGAGUGAGGGAGGUGGGGAGAGAGGUAGGUAAGGAGGGAGGAAGAGAGGAAAUGAAAGGGGAGGAAGGAGAGGUGGAGGGAGGGCGAGUGGGAGGAGGGGGAGAGGAAGAAAGGAGAGUGGGAGGAGGGAAAGAGGAAGGAGAGGGGAGGAAGAAAGGAAGGAGGGAGAAAGAGAGGCAGGGGGGAGAUUGAGGAUGGAGGGAGGGAAGGGAAACAAGAGGAUUAGGAAGAAUAGGAGUAAUGGAUAAAGGAAGGAGGAGCGAAGCGGGCAGAAAGCAAUUGGCGAACGUUAUGCAAAAACAACUCUGUUUCAUCUAGAACCUUUUUAUCAUGUUGUGGACACACUAGAGGGGGCCCAAGAUCCUGGUCAGAUAUGCCAUGACCCUGAUAACUGUGAGACUCGUCGAGAAAUCCCAGGUAGGACUGGUGACGAUAAUCCUGAGAGGGUAUAUAGUACACUGGAGGACGAGGGUGCUCCAGAGAACUUUGGCCGUGAGGUACCUGGGAGAACUGGUGACGACAAUCCUGAGAGGGUAUAUAGUACACUGGAGGAGGAGGAGGAGGAGAGUGCUCCAGAGAACUAUGGCCGUGAAGUACCUGGGAGGACUGGUGACGAUGAUACUGAGAGGGUAUAUAGUGUGUUAGAAGACGAGGCUGCCGAGUCAGAUUAUUUGACAAUACUGCCAGAAAAGUCAGAUUAUGAACAGCCAAUCAACCCGCCCAUGUCUCAUGCUUGA